AUGGAAAAAUAUAGAUCCCAAUCGUGUCGAGAUGGUGGCAUGAUGGAGAUUAAGAGCAACAAUGAAGAGUUUCCCAGCAAUAUGAAGAAUAUGAGGAGUUACUCAACUUCAAACCAAAACAUUAAGAAACAUGUUUCAAAUUUAAAGAAAUUGAGUAUUGAUGAUCCAGAGUUGCAAAGGAAGAAGAGGGUUGCUGCCUAUAAUGUUUACUCUAUAGAGAGCAAGGUAAAAGGGUCUUUCAAGAAAAGUUUUGUGUGGAUCAGACAGACUUACACCCAACUUGUCUAUGGCUAUAGAUGA